AUGAAGGAGCUGGAGAAAGAUGCGAAUGACAUAGUUUUAGAUACAAAAUCCAAUGACAUAAUCCAAAAGGUUCUCCCACGCUAUCACAAAUGGUCAUCUCAAUGCGCUACGUUCAAUGGGAAAGAAGCCUUUAAAGCACAAAAAGAACUUGAAAGAUGCUGUGUUGCUUCAAGUACUCCCAUUUCUUUUAUCCCUAGCAGCCGAUAUCUUCCUACUACUCCAUCAAACAUUCACGUAUGGAAGCUAGACAGGAAAGUGAAGAAUACGCUUAGACGGAUCAUAGAAAGUAGAUUGAAAUCCCAAGCUGAAAAAAGUUCAAAAGAUGGUUAUGGCUAUGAUGUUCUUGGUUUAACGAUUGAAUCUUUAGAACCUACCGUCAACAAAGAUAGUCCCAAGUUGAACAUGGAUGAAAUCAUAGAGGAGUGCAAGACAUUAUUUUUAUCUGGGCAAGAGACUACCUCCAAUUUAUUAACUCGGACUAGUUUCAUGUUGAGCGUGCAUCAAGAACGGCAAGAGAGACUGCGACAAGUGGUAUUGAAGGAAUGCGGGUUGGGAAUUCCUAAUGCUUAA